AUGGAUAGUGAUCAAGAAUUUACCUCCUCAUCUUCCUCGUCCUUGUCAGACAAUGCUAUUCAUUUGAAUCAAAAUAUGUAUCGAACAAUUAAAAAUAUAUAUGAGAUCGAUAGUGAACGUACGUGGCUUGAGCAGAAAGAAACUAUCAUUACAAAAUUACUUCCACUGCUUUAUAAGUUAGUCAACAAAAAGUAUAAUGUUUCAAAUAGUGAUAUCUUAAAGAUGUUACAUGGACGUUGGCAUUCAUGCCAUCAUGUAAACAAUAUAAAGAAGCAAGAAAAUGAUAUAAUUGGUGAAGAAUCUGCUGUUAAAGAAAAGACAAUGUCAAUUCAUAUAUAUGAAACAUGGUGGCGUUCUUCUGCAGUAUUGGAUGCACCAAAUUGGUGUCUGACUGACGAGGCUUUUAAAAGAUUUAAUCGCUCAACAAAUGAAAUUUCAACAUAUGAUUAUAAUACUGAUCAAGAUGAAGAAAAACUAGGAUAUAAACGCUUGGGUUCUUUAUUUGAUUGUGAAGAUUGGGGAGAAAAAAAGCAUACAAGUGGCACUAAAGCAUAUGUAUUUAUGGAAGAUAAAGAGAGGCAAAAAGAAGUUUCUUUUGUUUGGUCUGACUAUGUAGUUAUUAGAAACCGAGUGGGUAAAGAACCUUUAACUUUACAUAGUUUAAAAUUAGUAGUUUUUUUUAAUGUUUUAACUGGUUAUUUUGUGCAAAAUCAAGAUAAUAUGUUGAAUUUUUUGGAGGAGUGUGAAGAUUGUAUAGUUGAAAAAUUGGAAGGAAAUUCUAAUUUAGAAAUAUUCAUUUAA